AUGCCUGGCACCAACUCAGGCAAGAAACGGAUCUAUACUACUAAACCCAAACAUGUCACCAGUGGCAAAAAGCACCAUGACGACGACGACACUAGGUCACAAAGUGAUUACUCCACUGUGACGGCGGCCUCAGGCUACCCUAAAGAGACAUACAAAUCGCCAAAAGAGGCCCGACGGCACGAAGAUGAUGACAGGCAAGACUUGCCGACCACCAAAACUCGACCCCAGCUGAGAGAGGUCACGUAUCGUCAAAUUUCAGAAGCCUUUCGAACGGCAGAACUGCCAUCGCUCGGUCGGAGCCUCUCCGCUGUCACUUACAUUCCCAUAUACGAGUAUUGUCUGUUGCUACGCAGGCACGGUAUUUCGGUAAAGCUUGGUCCGGAUGGGCUCGGAGCAAUAUCUCAGCAAGGCCCUAAUGAACCACGGCCAGUGAGCUACAGUCAUAAUUGCAGCGCCCACAAUGCUCCCGUUGAUAUUCACAACCCAUCUGAUCAAGAGAAGCAAGCCGUCAGUGAAGCUAUCACUUAUAUCGUCGGAUAUUGUGGGGGAGAAGUUGACAUGCCCGGUUUCGAUCCUCAACCUGACCUGCAGUGCAAGCCUUGCUCCAACCCUAUCCCUAGCCCGAUGCCCAGCCCUGUUCCAUUGCGAAGGGGUAUGGAUGAGCAAAACAACGUACACCGGACCACUUCUCAGAAUGUUCACUCUAUCCCUAGCCCGGCGACCAGCCCGCGUAUGCGAAGGAAUGUGAAUGAGCACAACAACGGAAACCGCAACUCUCUUCAGAAUGGCCAUGGAUCCCAUGCAGGGGCAUACCAACCAAAUAUUCAAGGCGACAUUUCCAUCGGCCUCGCCAGCGACUACGAAGACGGGCGAUCUGAGGUUAAGUGGGCUCAGGGUCACGGUCGAUGA